AUGGAACUCGCAAAUGACCUUUGCCGUCGAACCCAAGAAUGCCUUGCCCUCUUCCAGAGUACCUCAGGUCAUCGGACGCUCGCUGACAAUGACUGGUUCGAAGAUUGCGCCGCAGACUUUGCGUGGUGGGCUCAUGGCUUAAAAGCGCAAAAGACUGGCAGGAGUUCGCUUGACUAUCGACUCAGAGAGCGACUAGAUGUCAAAAGAGUCAUCGCAGGCCUGCUCGACAGCUUAGCCUUGGCGCUGAAGGAAUAUCUGCAACCAGACAAGGACCAGGAGUCUAUUCGCGAUGACCUGGAUGGUGAGGUGUCCGAGUCCGACAAGUCUUCAAGCAAGUCCUCUUGGUCCGAACUCUCUGACGAGGUUAGACAACCAGAGGACAAGGAAGCCAUUGCAGAUACCCCAGACACCGAGAACUCUGACCCCAGAUUCUACAUUGAAACCAAUCUGAAGCUACUGGCCAAGAUAUCAGUCGCCAUAAGAAGAUCAGGGCAAAAGCUACGCUACCUGAAAGCUGAUACGUACUUGAGAGAUCACCUGGAUGAUGAGGAAUACACGCUGCUGAGGAACCAUCUCUUAUUUCUCAUUCUGGUCAGCUCUUACGAGCAAAAGCUUUUGACUGAACUGGGGCGUCUAGCUAUCAACCAGGAAAUACCGAAAGCUGUCGAAAUCGUCAUUCGCUCAUGGAUUAUUGAUCCAUCUCGGGCAACAUCAACUCAGCAAAGGCUUAUCGAGGCCAAUGUCAUAAGGCGGAACAGGAUUGCGUACGCGAGGCGCUUUAUCGGCAAGAAUGUUAUCGCAAAAAAGCCUCAAGAAGAAACUGCUACAACUAUCGCGCCAUCGCGACUUCCGGGGGCGCUGCUUGGACCAGCCAGAGAAGCAAGCACGUUUGGCACUGACACAAAAGAGCCGUUUCCUAUCCCAAGCCCUACCCAGCCAUUGCCCGUCCCCCCAGAACCUACCGAGUCCCUAAUAGCAAAGACUUUGACAGCGACAGAACUAGGUUCACAGUUCAUCCUACCUAUAAUCAUGCCGUUGGAGCCCAAGAAGGGGGCACUUUCAAUCGUGACCAAAAUUACGCAGACUGGCACUAACCAAGAUUACCCAGCAUGUCCCGCAAAGAAGGGCAGCUUUCAGUGUCCAUACUGCGUGCAAGUCUUGUCCGAGGACUACGCAACAAAGUCCAGAUGGCGGAACCAACACAAGACGGAGCGCUGGGCUUGUGACGAAUGCAUAUUUGAAAGCGACCAUGACGACGAAUUCAUCUUUGACAGCCAAGAGUCAUGGGCGAACCACAUGAGAUCUCGCCACAGCUGCUCGGAGGAUCGUCUAACGCUCCUUAGUAGCAUGAGUAAGAGAGACCUCAACGAAUUAGUCCAAUGCCCCCUCUGCAAACGGCCGUGCGGAUACUCGAGGCCCGAUCAAGAUGAUCACAUUUCCGAGCAUCUCCAUUCAUGGGCAUUGAGGGCUCUUCCUUGGGAUCUGAACCCAGACGAUGAGGCCUCCUCCGAUUCUCCCGAGAUGGGAUCUGAGAAAGACCUAGCAAGAAUGUCAGAGAUUAGCGAGCAAACGGAAGACGACGUUGAAAGCGUAACUGCGACGACAUCAAGCGCAAUCGACCGUGAAGUGACCCGUUGGAGCCAAGACAAGCCAAUCGGUUCGUCUCGGCUUGAUGAUCUUGUCAAACAACUUGAAGAGGUGAUUGCUAAAUGGACUGCUCAUACGUGGCUUGACACGCAGAAUGAGAUGACGCUGCAACUUCUUUUGAAUGUAAACCAAGUCAAGGCCCAGUUCUGUCGAGCCUCACGUGCCAAAUUGGAGGAGAGUGAAUUUACCACUCAACAGCAACAUGAUAUGGAGGAGAAUCUAUGUACCAACAUUGAACUCUGUAUAGAAUACAUGAGCCGAGUGAUAGGGGAGCUGGAUAUGGGACCCAGUCAGGACCCCGAGGAAUGGCCCAACUCUAUGCCUUUCCCCAAGAUCAAGGCUGACAACAUCCCUCCAACUGAAGAGGAGAAAGGGGAGAUACUACGGAACGCGCGCCGUCACGUUUUGCACUCAAACAACGUCUCAAUGCAAAUUACCUGGGCGCGUGAUGUCCUCACCUGGGUACAAAUCUGCAAGGAGGAUCGCGCAAGAGAGAAGGAGUACAACGACAAUGUCCGAUCUGAAACCCCUGACGCAGAACAUGAUCUUGUUGUCGAUGCACUGGAUUUAAUCACUCAUCUCGCAGACCAGGAGCACCCUGAGGCGCUUUAUAUGCGCACAAAGUGGGUCGAGUUUGGUAUCUUCGGCAAUCGCCUUGAUAAGCAAGAGGCAUUUGUUGGAUACUCACGUGCCGCUGCCCUUGGCCACGGCAGAUCGGAGUAUAGGUGUGGUGUGAUAUACGAGCAAUCCAACGAUAUUCUCAAUGCCAAGCGACAUUACUAUCGCGGUUUAGCUCUCAAUGAUUCCGCCUCACUGUACAGAAUGGGCAUGAUGAGUCUCUUAGGUCAACACGGAGAGGAUAAAGACACGAUUAAUGGCCUUAAGCGGAUAAUGGCUUCUGCUGAUAGCUCGGACGAAGACGCUCCUCAAGGCUCCUACGUAUAUGGUAUGUUGAUUGCACGGGAGCUGCCCGACAUCAGUAUUUCUGAAGUUCUGCUGCCUCAUGACCCUCCUGCGGCCAAGAUGUAUAUCGAGAAAUCAGCUUACUUAGGGUUUGCUAAAGCUCAGCUCAAGAUGGGUCAGGCAUAUGAGCUUUGUCACCUUGACUGCAACUUCAACCCAUCCUACUCCCUUUACUAUUACGGCUUGGCAGCUAAGCAGGGAAUACCAGAGGCUUUUCUGGGUGUCAGUCGAUGGUUCCUAUUUGGAUAUGAGGGUGCGUUUGCUAAGAAUGAGUCUUUGGCAUAUAAGUACGCUCAACAAGCCGCAGCUGGUGGGUUAGCGACUGGCGAAUUCGCCAUGGGUUACUAUAAUGAGAUCGGGAUACACGUUGAGAAGAAUUGGGCCGAGGCUCGGAGGUGGUACCAAUUAUCUGCCGACCACGGCAAUGAGGAUGCCGUUCGCCGACUCGAGUCGUUAGAUAAAUAUGAGGAGGGUACACAAGACAGAAAACCUGAGACAAGUCCUUUAUCGUUCAAAUUCCCCAAGGUUACGGGUGGCAACAUACCUCCAACAGACGACGAAAAAGAAGAUGUGUUGAAACGAGCCGGCGACCAUCUUUCCGACUCCGACAGCCCGGCAGUUCAGUUAGCCUGGGCCUGUGACGUCUUAACGUGGGCUAUCGUGGCCGAGAAGGCCAGGCUUAAGAUGCCAAGAAGCCAAGAGGCCUCGAAAAACGAGGGACAGCUUACUGCCAAGGCUCUUGCCAUAAUACGGCUCUUUUCUCUAGAGGAGCAUCCAAAGGCCCUCUAUCAUCAAGGGAAGCUAUUCGAAUAUGGUCGCUUUGGCCACCCAAUAAAUCUAGAUCAGGCGAUGAAACUCUACCACCGAUCAACGGAACUUGGCCACGCGCGCUCCUGUUAUCAUCUGGGACGUAUAUACCACCGACAGCCAGAAGGCUUUGAAAUGGCUCGUCCGUACUACGAGAAGGCUGAGGGGAUGGGCGAUCCUGCAGCUAGCUACGAGUUAGCUUUUACGAUGAUACACGCCAGCCAUGGAGAAGAGCAAGAUUAUGAGAAGGGGUUGGCCCUUUUGAAACAAUCAGCAGACAAUGCCGAUGAGGAUGCCCCGCAAGGCGCUUAUGCCUACGGAAUGGCCAUAACGGGCGAUCUGGCCGACUUUGACAUGGAUGAGUAUUUGGUGACUACAGAUGAGACAAUAGCUUUCUCGUACAUCGAAAAGAGCGCUAAUCUAGGGUAUCACAAGGCGCAGUUCCAGAUGGGCAAAGCGUACGAAUUUGGGCUUCUAAACUGCCCUAAGGACCUGGCUAAGUCCUUCCAUUACUACUACCUUGCAGUGAGGCGCGGCUCAGUAGAAGCAGCCGAGGCUCUGAGUUGCUGGUUCUAUGCUGGCAUAGAGGGCAUCCUUCUAUCGGACCUAGAACUGUCCUUUAAGUUCGCUCUAUGGGGGGCAGUUGAGGGUAAAUCCGCCGCAGAAUACGUUUUGGGUUGUCACUAUGAGCAGGCGGAAUACGUGGGACUGGACUUGAACAAGGCGAGAGAGUGGUACGAGCUAGCUAUGCGCCAUACUAGUAGUUACACCAACUCCUCCGAUAUCAGAAGGCGUGCGCAGGAGCGGCUGGCAUAUUUGAAACCACAGAGCCAAGCCUUUGGGGAGACUCGUUCUAAAUCUGUUGAUAGGUCCCCUUUGAAGCCUGUUUCCAAACCCAAGACAAUCAUCGUUGGAAUAGACCUCGGCUCAGUGUUCUCAUCCGUCUCGUGGGCGGAUUCCUCGAACCCUUAUGAGAUUUACUCAAUACACGAUUGGCCCCAUGCAGCCACCAUCUCGACAUCAAAUGGCCAGGUCCCAACGCAGUAUGACCUAGAGACGAAAGUAUGGGGAAGUCCCAGGUUGCAAGCUGCUCGACUUCGCAAGUCCGUGAAUAUACCGCCGAAAAGCUGUUUCUCUGCCUUGGAAGACUUUUGCAGCAGCGUUGAGCCAACUCGUACACAGGCCGCCGUAUUCCUCACGUCUUACAUUCGAAGUCUAUGGAGCCUUGCUGUGCACGAGAUUUUCUCAAAGACCCAGCUUUGGGAUCUUGAAUUCAUUCUCUCUCUUGCCAUUCCUGUCUAUUUCUCUUGGGACGUAAAGAGUCGCCUUCUACGAGUUGCAUAUGACGCCACGGUCCAAAACGACGCGUCGCAAGUCGUCCAAAUCAAUGCCGUUGGACAGAUGCAAGCAGCCGUCUUGAAUUCGCUCAAGGCUCAAUAUAGACUAGACCUAUCUGUAAGAGGACCAAGCAUCGUCAUGGAGAAUGGGGAAAUUGUUGUUGUAUGUGAUUGCGGUGGUACUGGUGCGCGUGCUAUCAGCUACGAAGUUCAUACAGAGUCCCCUCCUCUUGUUCGACAGCUCACAGCUUGGAACGGUGAACGAAUCGGCACGCACGCAGUCGAUAUGGAAUUCCUCAAUUACUUGCUUAACCAUUCAUCAUCGAAUUUGGGGACUUCCAGAUCUGCGCUGGCUGAGCUGGACUUUUUUAUCCAGACCGAGUGGGAAUAUGGGUUGAAGAGAACUUUCCGGGGCGAUGAGAAUCACGAUAUUGUCCUACAGCUGCCGAGAAAGGCCAUUUCCACCUUAAGACGACUUCAGCCAUCGUCCAACAAACUGUUGAUUAAACCGAGUGCUGUUCGUAAAUGUUUCGAAAAAUCAUUAAUGGCCAUCGAAAAGGUUAUUGAUGCACAGUUUGCGGCCUUGGAGGCUAUAGGAAGGAAGCCAAAUUCGAUUCUCCUAGUCGGAGGUCUGGCUCAAUCACCCUACAUUAUUCAGCGCCUUCAGCAAAAAUUCGAUGUUAUGUUUCACCUACCAGAUGAGUAA